CCCGGGUCGCGAUGGUCGCCGACGGCCGCAGCGAGUGUUGUUGUGUCUGUAAUGUUACGGAGACGCCAUAAACCGCCGAGGAAACUACUUUCUAAUGUGAGAAACACACGUCCCGCUAAACCGCCGGUCCAAACAUGUCCCGGGGAUGUACCGUGUCCGUGGAGGAGGUCCAGUCCUGGUGGGAAGUCCCCGCCAUAGCGCACUUCUGCUCGCUGUUCAGGACCGCGUUCAACCUGCCCGACUUCGAAAUAGAGGAGUUGGAGAAAGCCCUGUCAGAGCAGGACCUGGACUUCCUCGGGGACCUCAUUGCCUGUCUGUUGCAGGGAUGCUACCAGCGUACUGACAUCAUCCCUGAGGCGUUCAGCGGUUACCUGGACGACAUCAUCAGCUACCGGUGGGAGCUGGAAGAGGGGAAGCCCAACCCACUUAGAGAGGGGCCCUUCGAGAAUCUGCCUCCUCGCACUCAGGUGGAGCUGCUGCACCGGCUCUGUGAUUACCGCCUGGAUGCUGCUGAUGUCUUUGACCUGCUGAAGGGCCUGGAUGCAGACAGCCUCAGGGUGGAACCGCUGGGGCAAGAUGAAAAUGGAGCCCUCUACUGGUACUUUUAUGGCACUCGUAUGUACAAAGAACAGCCUGUCAAGAGGAAAAUUGAUAGGAUCAGUGAACCCUCUGAACUUGCGCUACCAGAGAAAAAGAAAAGGGGAAGACCACCAAAGAAAAGAAAGUCUGACGAUUCUAAUCUGAGUGACACAGAAAGAGAAGAGCCGGAAGUCAAGACAGAAGAUGUACCGGAGGAUCCUCCCAUAAGGAAAAGCAUCAAGCGAGGCACUUGGUCCCUUGUGUGCGAGACAGAGGAACAGUGGGUCAGUCUGGCAGAAAGCAUCAAGGACAAACCCUCCCCACAGGACCGCCACCUCUACCGUGUCAUCAGCCAGAACUUUCUGCCCGAGAUCAGCAGCAUGAUUGAGCACAAGGAACGAGAACAGAAACAGAAACUACUGGACCCCACCCCAGUUCGCACAUCACAGCGCUUCUCUGGAAAACACAUUCAGCCAGAGGACGAGGACUGUCUGAAGGCUGUCUCAGAGGAGGAGAAGAGGAAAGAUGAGGAGCUGGACAGGCAGGUCCUGCUGGCUGAGCAGCGACGAGAAGAGGAGCGGAUUCUGCAGGAAGAACGGCAGAUGGAGAAGAUGGAGAAGAUCAAAGCUGUGGAGGAAAGAGCAAAAAGGCGUAAGAUGCGAGAGGAAAGGGCCUGGCUGCUGUCUGAAGGAAAGGACCUGCCACCUGAACUCCUGAAUCUGGAGCCUUCUUCACCUGUCCUCAGAACACGCAGGAAUAAAGAAUUCUAUGAAAUGGAUGACGACUACACUGCCCUGUACAAAGUGCUUGAGGUGCUGAAAUCCCAUAAAGACGCUUGGCCUUUCUUGGAGCCUGUGGACGACUCCUACGCGCCCAAUUACCAUGAGCUCAUCCAGACGCCCAUGGACCUGUCAACCAUUGAGAAAAAGCUCAAUGAUGGCGAUUACAUUGUUAAGGAGGAGUUUGUUGCUGACGUGAAGCUCAUGUUUGAAAACUGCAUCGAGUACAACGGAGAAGACAGUGAGUACACCAUCAUGGCAGAGUCCCUUGACCGGUGUUUCAGUCGGGCCAUUUUAAAACAUAUCCCAGCAGAGGACUGCGACACGGAUGAGGAAUUCCACAUCAAUCGAGAAGACAAGGAGCGCAAAGACAAAAAGCGCAACCGUGGCAGUAAAGGUUUGGGGCCUGAGAGUCUGAUCAAGGCCACUGAGCAAGUCCAGCGUAAGAGAAACUCACAGGGGGGCAAAGGCACCACACCCUCCGAGGAAGAGGAGUACAAGCUGACACGACCACCACCUCCUCCUCACUGGGCCAAUGGCCCUCCUCACCCCCACAGCCUACCUCCAAGCCAUCAACGCAUCCAUGGAGGAGACAUGAGAGGCUUGUACCACCCAGGGCAACAGCUCCGUCAUCCACAUGGGCCCCCUGCUCACCAUGGUCCACCUAUGUAUGCCCAGAGGAUGGGUAUGGACCCCCGCUUCACUUACUCAGCUCAUCUUUCCAGGCACGGAGACCCUAAUUUGAACCGCUUCGCCAGUGACUUCAACAUGCAGCACCGCAUGGUAGAAGGACAUCACAUGGGUCCGAGGUAUCCAAUGGGCCAGGAUCCUAAACAGCAGCCACAUCCACACCAGCAGCAGCACCCUUACAUGGGUCCGGCUCAUGGCCCAUCUCUGGGCCCACGUCCCGUGGCCCUGCAGCCUGGACCUCCUCCUGAAGCCAGCAUGUACCCAUCCCACCACCAUCCAGAGAGCCACACCAUGCACCCCAUGGGCAACAGAUUCUCAGGACCAGGUGGACCAACUCAACACAACUACCCAGGCUUGAGACAACCUGGCAUGGCUCUCUCACACAUGUGGCCUGGUAUGAAUCACCAGGAGAGACCCAAUGGGAUGCACAUACAAGAUCCCAACAUGGUGAACCAGCGCAACUACGGUUACGGUGGAGUCCCACCUCCAGUAGGGCAUAAACCAUGGCCAGAAGCUGCAGGAUACCCUCACCCUCCUCCCAAUGCCCAGUAUCAAAUGUCUGCAGGGGUCAGCUCCCAGGGGCCCAUGUCCCCCCGUCCCCCUGUUACCCACCCAGACUCCUCUGGCAGGACACGCUUGGCUUCCAUGCUGGAAAGCCCAGAGAUGCUGGCCCUGCAGCAGCUGUCAGCCUCCUCUGGACCCCCUGCUGGUGCCCCUCAUCAGCACAUGGGCAACUUUCAGCGGCCUGGGCCCCCAUCAGGAAUUGGCAGCAUCCCAGCUCACCCCUCACAGCAGCCUCCCCCUGCCCCUGAGGUUCAGCUGCUGCAUCCUGCUAAAGACAAUGGGCCAGACAGCCAGCUCCCUCAACAGACAGACACACAGCCCAAAGGCACAACGUCGGAGAACAAAAUGGCUGUCAGCAACAUUUCUAAAGAAUCUUCUUCACACAAAAACACUUUUUCAAUUAAUCAAGAGCACCCGUCCAAUCCCAGUCCUACAGGACGCCACAGUGAGGCCGCAGAGGGAAUGCAGAGCCCCCCAGUCCCUAAAUUGGUCCGAUUACAAGAGAAUCCCUCUGGACCAUCAACAGAGAGUCAGUCCACCACCAACUGUCCUCAACCCACCAAUGCCACAACUGUUUCACCCCAUCUCAACACAAGUAACAUCAGCUCCAGGGAUCCCGCUCCACUCAACACCUCUCAGCAAACACAGAAUAGUCAACAGCAAUACGAAGCAAGCCCUGCACUUCUUCCCCAAAAUGCACCACCACUGCAAGUACCAGCAUCUCAGAAUUCCACUCAGCAGAUGUCGGAGAACAAUUCCCCACACGUGCAGAAUGCACAUCAGCAAAGUGAGCAUCAGCAGAAUGUCCAAAAACAACAGCAGCAGCUGCCUCAUGCCACCCAGAGUACCCCCCCUCAAUGCCCCCCUUCCACCUCGCCCCAGCUAAUGACCCAGAAUUCACAGCAGCACAAUUCCCUGCUACCCCCACAACCAGUCCACCAAAACAUCUCUCCCGAACGUCCCACGCAGAACAGCCCCAUGCAUGGGAUGCCACAGAGUGCUACACAAGGAGCCCAGCCUGGACCCCCUCAGCCAGCUCCUCUCACAUCUUUACCCCCCAGUCAUCCUAGCCCACUGUUGCCCUCCCAGCCAAGUCCAGCAGACCAUGGUAAUCAGAGACCCAGUGAGCCGACAAGUAGAGCAGACACAGAAAGUAGUGCCGUUCCUCCGCAGCACAACGUGAUGAAAUCCGGGCCUCCGAAUGUUAUUUAUAAACACCAGGAUUUCAGCCCCGGUCACCAUCAAGCGCAGCUGUUGAGUAGUAACACGGGUAUGCAGGCUCAGAGAGGGCUCUCACCUGGUCACAAUCCAGCCAUGCCUCCUCACUCCCAAGUGAAUGGAGCCAUGGGUCCAUACAGCAUGGGCAACCCUCCACAUCCACACUACAGCCAGACGAACAUGACCAGGUCCAUGCCGUCAUCCGCUCACCACCCGUACCACAACCAGACCAUCAACCCCCUCCACAAUCCUGCUCAACACCCCGCCUACCACCAGCAGGGAGGAGCUGCCUACUCCUACCACAUGCCAGGCCAACAGCACCCUCAGGCCCACCCCAACAUGUACCCAGCUCAUCAGUACCAGCAGCAACACUUCUACCCCCAGCACCAUCCGCAAGCUCAGACUCAUAACCAAGCCACCAGUAGAGGGGGCUAUCCUCAAGAUGAGUGGCAUCGGUCUCCUUAUCAGCCUCACCAGCCAAUGGCUCCUAACGCCUACCUACCUGUAGCCAGUGCCAGAAGCAACGCUCAGUCAAAGAUGGAGAGCAGUGUAUCACCGCAGGGCUCGGAAGCCUCCAACGGUACAAGUUUAGUUUCCCCUGGCUCUGUGUCUGAAGCAGGCCCGGAGGAGGGGAAGCGUGAAAGGAGGUCGCAGGCCAGCGGCAGUCCAGCUCGUACAGAGAGCUCAGAGCGACCUGAAAGCCCAAAGGAAAUCCUGGAUCUUGACAGCCAUAAUGCAGCUGCUCGCCACCGUAGCACCCAACCACAUCAACACCCAGCUGCACACAUGGCGUCUGGCUUCAUGUACAACCCACGCAUCAUGCACCCUGGGAUGCAGCAUGGUGGAGUUGGAAAUGGAAGCCCUUACCCUCGCCAGCCAUACCCAGAUCUAGGGCGCUAUGCUGGCCAAAGACCUCACCCACACCUGAUGGAGGCUCUGCAGCGCCCCCAGCAGCUGCCGUACUCCCCGGGUCAGACACGCAUGGCCAUGUACCAACAUCCCCGGCCCGGUGGGCACUUCCAGGGCAUGAUGAUUCAGCAGAGAAUCCUGUCACCGGAACACUUCCUACACCCAGGGCAACAAAUGAUGGCUGCUCCAGGCGGCCCCAACAAUAAACAGGGAGUGUGACGUGUGAGCAGAACAUGUCAAUAUCAAAGAACAUCUGGACAAAGCGGCGAGCUGAAAAGAAAGAAGAUGAAUGCUGACUGUGCAGAACGAGGCCCCAGAUGAGAGGCUUCGCUUCACACACAUCUUUUAGUGAUUGUCUCACACUGAACAGAUUUCUUUGAGCUCGGCUCUGCCCACCACUGGACCUGAGUAUCUGACCAAGCAGCUGGUUUGACUAAGAUGAUAAAAAAAAUGUGAAAUGUUAUUUAGCCCUGGAGAACGGUUCCCCUGCUCUUCUCCACACAGAGCUUUCUCACAGGGGUCAAGAACUGAACAGCUCUGUGGAACUGUUGAAGAUUCACUCGAGGACUCUCCUGUUUUCCAUCGUGAGCCUUUGAACUCGAAUCCUCCAGGAGAAGGGCAACUUUUUUUAACCACUAGUUCCACCUGCCAAACACAGGGGACGCUGCCUUCAAGAAGCCCUUUCCUCUUUGAGGAGUUGGAACACGGAUGUAUUAAAGGCCACUGAACUCAGCCUGUCCGUCCUGUUCACUGAAUGAAUCCAUCAUACUGAGGAAAGGGACUUUUUUUUUUUUUACUACUAUUUUCUGUUCCGACUGUAUCAUGAAACUCAGGUGUAGAAAAAGGAGGUACUAUGAGACUGUCACCCUGACCCGGUCGACUCGCAGGCCCCUCGCCAACUGCCUUGGUCCCCUUUUGUGAAUGUAUGAGUGAAUGUGUAGGUUACGGCACAGUAGCUGCAUGUGAAAGAGCACGAACACUGAUCAUCUGUCUGAAGCAUGAAAACCGUCCCGAAAGGGCCCAGUCAGUCACUGUCCAUCUCCGCCCCCACCCUCAACAGUGUUUCUCUGCUCGCGGAGCAAACGCAGGAAUAUGCAUCUUUCAGAGCUGCCUUCACUGAUGAGAAUGUCUUUGACUUAGCAGAGAGGGAAGCGACCAAGAUGGCGAUAUUCGUAUCCGACCACACCUGUCUCUGUUAUGCACUACAUGGUUUCUGUUGGUCUAGAACUGAGAGGCCUUGGAUAGUCUUGUUUUUAGUCAAUGCCUGGUAACAUGUGUAUAUAUAUGUAUGAAAAUAUAUAUAUAUAUUAAUUCACUUUUACUGUAGAGUCAAACCUCUUAUUACAGAUGAGGUCAAUCUUUCCCACUAGCUGGUGUAGGCACAUACACACACGACCACCACAGACCCAUCAAAUCCUACUGUUGUGUUUUUGGGACGUUUUUUUUGCAUUCCACCUACGAACGUGUAGCUUUAGUCCUUUUGUUUGUUCACAGCCCUUCGCUUUGCAUGGUUCCUCCCUCGUCACCAUUUCACGACUAAACAUAUCCUCAGGGUGUACAGUUUCUAUAUACGGGUAUUUUUCUGAAUUACUAUAUGUAAGAGGAGCAGCAAAAGGAAAUCGGGGCUUUACGGCCGUGACAACCACCUCACGUGAUGAACUUGUUUUUUUUUUUUUUAAAGGGUCCGUCUUCAUCGUCCUGAACAAUAUUUGGCUCAGCAAGCUGCCAGUCUGUUUGUGUUUGUGUUAUUGCAAGAGAAAUUGAUCUAAUUUGUUUUUCUACAUUCCUGUAAAUUUGAUUUGUCGUCACAAUUAAUUUUGGCCUCGUCAACCUAUGUCGUUUUCUCAUAACUGGUGUAUUGUUUUGGGGAUUCUUUUCAUUCACCCUAGCAUAUCAAUGUUGCACCUGUGUGACCCCCCACAAGUGAUGGCAGCAAAUGAAUCUACCUCAUCCAGCCCGUCAGUGGCAUUUACGGUCCCCUUUACUUCCUUUCAUGCUCUGCCAGCCUCCUGUGGGUCAAUGUUUUCUGACCAGCUUUAGCUUCACUCUGGUAGUUUUUUAGACUCUGAGAACUGAUGAGGAAACGGCCUUACAAUACUUCCAUCAUGAGAGGACAUCUACGGUCGCCGUGCACAAAUCUGGCCUCAACGAGACGCUGUUGUGAUCUUUCAGCUGUCGGUUGGUCACAGAGUGCAGGUGCCAGUGUAGACCGUCUACUGGGUACUUUUCCCUCCCAGUUGUUUCAAUGUCAUCGUUGGGACUUUGUUGUACAGAUUGCAUGCCUCCCUGCCUACAUGUUGUUGAAACUAGACAAAGUAGGCUGUAUUCCAAUCUAGGGUCUGUGAUAGAGUUUAUUAGAGUUUGGCAGAUGUAUAAUGGCCUUAGAAAUAUAUAAAUAAGGCUUUGUUUGAGGGGAAAAAUGGCGGAACGUGAAAAUGCUAGCAGCUGUGAGGCAAUUUUAUAAACGUGUCACACAAGACUUGCUAUUUUGUUGAAAUAGGGAAGUGUCUCAAUAUUUGGUGAGCCUGAUGGGGCCACUGUGGAGGUAGCGUGUUCACUCAUGUGCUGUCUAACGUGUGAAGGGCAGUGUUUGUUUUUAAAGAUCUGUGAGGUUGUGAUACUGUCUUAUGGUGUACAGAUGUGGCGUGUGUGUGUGUGUGUGUGUGCGUGUGUGUGUGCGUGUGUGUGUGUGUUACUGGUGUGUAGAAUCGACACCAGACGACUGGAAGUGUGCGUUCAACUCUUCAUCUGUUACCCUGCUGUCAUCCCUCUGCACUAGUGAAAACCAUUUAGACGUGAUUAAAUGUGAAUCAUAUUUAUUUGCUCUUUUAAGAAUUUUUGUACAUUUUUGGACUCGUUUUAAUAUAAAUGUGCUGUGUGUUCCUUUUUUUUUUUUCUUGAUGUUAUUUUUUUUAAGCAGUUGUCUUUUACCUCAGUAGCAUGGUGGUAUUGGAAAAAAAAGACCUGUGCGUUUUUAAGUGACGUUUACAAGUUCUUAUCUGACUGACAUAGAUUAUUUUGGAAAUGGAACUGAGUAUUUUCUAUACUGUACAUUUCUUAGAAAUAAAUAACUUUUCUUGAACAAGA